GAAUAUUAAUUCUAAAAGCUCGCUUGUGCUUUUAGAAAUCGUUAUUCCAUAUAAUGUGCAGAUAGUUUCUAAGAGCAUUCAAUUUGAUGAAUUUGGAAAACAAAAGCAAAAAUUUAAGUAG